GUGAAAGCCAGCAUUUGAGAGUGUUUGAGCUCAUCUUCAGGCUGCAGUUCUUCACUUCAUUGAAAUCCAGGUUUUUUAACAGCUAUUUUAGGGUUGAGGAUGCCACCCUCUAGUGUUUUCUUCCUCCUCAUUUUAGGUUCCAUGGUGGACACCAAAACCUCAUUGGAAAAAGGAUCCCUGCUCUAUCCCUAUGGACUGCACCAGGGGGAUAAAACCAACCCCAAACUCGAUGAUGGGACAUCCGAGGCGAUCACCCUCUCCAUUCCCUUCACCUUCUAUGGCAAAACCUACCAAACUGUGUUUGUGAACAACAAUGGGGUGAUCUCCUUUGACGAGCCCGUCAGACAGUACACCCCUGACCCCUUCCCUCUGGCGGAUGGGCGCCCUUUUGUGACUCCCUUCUGGGCAGAUGUGGACAACGUGCUGGGUGGGGACAUCUUCUACCGCCAGACCACCGAUCCAGUGCUGCUGGAGCACAUCAGCCAGCACAUAACCCAGUACUUCCCCAAAAGCCCCUUCACUGCCACCUGGGCCUUGGUAGCCACCUGGGACCAUGUGGCCUACUAUGGCUCCACCUCUGAAAAGGGCAACACCUUCCAGGCUGUGCUGACCACUGACUCCAAGAUGUUCUACAUCAUCCUCAACUAUGGGGACAUCCAGUGGACCACAGGGGCAGCGAGUGAUGGGGACGCUGAAACAGGGCUUGGGGGGACCCCUGCACAUGCGGGAUUCAAUAGCGGUGAUGACACCAACUUCUACAACAUUCCUGGAUCCCAAACUGAUGCCAUCAUCAACAUCACCACCACCUCCAACGUCAAGGUCCCGGGACGCUGGGUCUUUAGGGUGGAUGACUUCCAGGUGACAGGUGUGGAUCUUCUCCAGCUGGACAACAACUGCUGGUUGUGAAUUGAGGGGAGUGGGGCAGAGGGACAUCGCCACUGCCACUGUUAUCACUGAUGAAGUCACUGUGCAAGUCAAGAUCAUGCCAACUUCUAGCAGAGCAAUAAAAU